CAGUAAUAAUCAAAAGGUGAACAUUUAUUUAUAAUAAAUGUCUGCAAAUUCCUGUGGCAGAGCUUCAGCUGUGAUCUGCUCUCUAGCAGAGUUUAGAUAAGAGAUGAGAGGGGGUUGUUUUAGCGUAUGAUGCCAGGUUGUUUAAGCAGGGCUAUUUUAGGCCUCCCACAAGGCAGGAUCUUAGUUAAGGACAGGUGGGUCUGUUUCCAUUGUCCACCAUGCCUCAACGCUGACCACCAAUGAGUCAUUUUCUCAACAGACACACAAAAACACAUUUUCUCUACAUAUUUCUCUACAUAUAAAGUGUCCCCAAAAGUAUAUAUGGACACCUUUUGAAGUGCAGAUGCCACUCUUUUCCAGGUCGCAUUCAAAAAUGGCUGGAUGUAACCUAAAAUAAAUAUCAAACCAAGUGACAUCUGCAAGAAAAAGCAAUUAACUUUUCUCUUUCUGAGAUGUUUUAAGUGGUAAAAAUAUGCAUUAGUUUGGUGUGGAUGUGUCUAGAAGUCAUGUCAUGUUUAUCUUCCAGGUGAGAUGUUUGUGGAUGAGUUCAGACUGCUUCGGACCUUUCAUGGAAAUCAUAUGUUCUCGUAGCCUUUGCUCAACUCUGUCUGUAAUCAUUAGUAUAUGUUUUUGUAUAAUAUCAUGUUCAUGAGUUACUCCAGGAAUGUUGGCCGAAUCCAAAUGAAGCAUAGUUUUCUUCAUACAUUACUAUCAACAAACCCGAGAACUUUCAGAAAUGAGAACAGAACGCUCCGUUUUAUUCCAAACAUGGUUUAACUGAGAUGGUCUAAAGUCCAAGUUUAUUCUUAAGGGUCAAAUUGAGAAUCAAAGUUAUCUGAGGACAGCGACUUUUUUGUGUUCUUGAGAAGCAAUGAAUCUUUUAAUGUCCACUUUUCCUAGUUUUAACACAACUAUUGUUUAAAAAGACAAGCCAAAUGCAAUACGAAGUGUACUUCACAAUAUAAGCACAGUUGUUCUUGGUGAACUCAUAAAGUUUAUUCCUUUAUUCUGCACUCUGAUGUCACAAGCAAGGAAUUCAGAUGAAUUCAGUUCCCUCUCUCUGGCUCCCUCCCCUUAUCUUUUGCAGCAUAACCUAACAUGGAGAGGGCAGCUGAUGCUUUGUUUGGGAUUACUUGGUUUGUGAUUUGGGAGGAAAGGCCAUGGGUGUGGUGGACAACUGGGGGGCAGGGUGUAGGCUGGGGUCGUAUAUAUGACAAAUACCUAAAAGAGAAGAGUGGAGUUCCCCUGUAACUCUUUGGCUGUUUGGUUCUCUCCAUCCACCCUUCCGUCUCCUUCAUUACCUCAAGGCUUUCCUGUAUAUCCCGAAAGCAGACAUGACUUUCUACAAGCACUCAGGCCCCCGCAGCUAUCUGAGCUCCACAAUGACUGAGCGUUUUGACUGCUUCUACUGCAGAGACAACCUGCAGGGCAAAAAGUACGUCAAGAAAGAUGACAAGCCCGUGUGCGUGCGCUGCUUCGACAAGCUUUGCGCCAACACUUGCGCUGAGUGUCGCAAACCUAUAGGCGCUGAUGCAAAGGAGCUGAACCAUAAGAACCGCCACUGGCACGAGGACUGCUUCCGCUGUGCCAAGUGCUACAAGCCGCUGGCCAAUGAGCCCUUUGCUACCAAGGAUGAUGGUAAGAUCAUGUGUGGGAAGUGUGGAGACCGUGACGGAUCGCCUCGCUGCCAGGGCUGCUACAAAGUGAUUACGCCAGGAUGUAAGAAUGUGGAGUACAAGCAUAAAGUCUGGCAUGAAGAGUGCUUCAUCUGCUUUGAGUGCAAGCAGCCCAUCCGCACCCAGAGCUUCCUGACCAAGGGUGACAAUAUGUACUGCACUUCCUGCCAUGAGAAGAAGUUUGCAAAGCACUGUUUCCGCUGCAAAGAGGCCAUUACCAGCGGUGGGAUCACCUAUCAGGACCAGCCGUGGCACUCUGAGUGCUUUGUGUGCAACACAUGCAGAAAGCCUCUGGCUGGAGCUCGUUUCACGGCCCAUGAAGAUCAGUUCUACUGUGUGGACUGCUACAAGACCGAUGUGGCCAAAAAGUGCUCUGGAUGUAAUAAUCCCAUUACAGGAUUUGGCAGAGGGACCAACGUGGUGAACUACGAGGACAAAUCCUGGCAUGAAUAUUGCUUUAACUGCAAAAAAUGCUCACUCUCCAUGGCCCACAAGCGCUUUGUCAUCAAAGGAGAGGACAUCUACUGCUCUGACUGCGCCAAAAAGCUGUGAGGGCCUGAUGGGAUGUUACAAGGCUGAUUAACAAAAGCAGUUAGGAUUGAUGAUGUGUCGAAAACUAGCAAAGCUUUGAGUGUAAAGAAACCAAACUAAAGAGAAACCAGUGAGGGUGUUUGUGCUGAGAAAUCACUGGAAGUUUGAGAUUAUUUUUAUAAAGUUAUUGGAGCAAAUAGCGAGUGCUAUGUGAAGGGCUUUUCUUAUGCAAAACAUGUAACUGCAUUCGUAAAUGUAAUCGCUGGAUUUGCAAACCUAACAAUGCAUUUUAAGCUUCAGUUAUUGCAACGCUAUGGUAAAACUGUGUGAUGCCAUAAUAGGAAUACAACAUACAUUGCUGUAAGAUUUAAAGGUUUAGUUCACCCAAAAAUGAAAUUUCUGUCAAACCCCUUAGACCUUCGUUCAUCUUUGGAACACAAAUUAUAAAAGAUAUUUCUGAUGAAAUCCAAGGUUUUUUUUUUUAAUCCCCCAUAGAAAGCAACAUAAUUACCACAUUCAAGGUCCAGAAAAGUAGUAAAAACAUCAUUAUGAAGCGACAAGAAUACUUUUCAUCGCUUCAUAAAAUUAAGGUUAAAUCACUGUAGUCACGCUGACUAUUUUAACAAUGUCUUUACUACUUUUCCAGACCUUGAAUGUGGUAAUUACAUUGCUUUCUCUUAGGGAUCAGAAACCUCUUGGAUUUCAUCAAAAAUAUCUUAAUUUGUGUUCCAAAGUUGAAUGAUGGCCUUACGAGUUUGGACAUGAGGGCGAGUAAUUAAUAACAUAAAUUUCUUUUUUGGGUGAACUAACUCUCUAAUGUGUUAAAAUAAUUCAGUACAUUAAUUUUUGCUUUGUGGAAAAAAAUGUUUUAAUUCAUUUUUUUUUUCUGGAUAAUUCCUAUGAAAUGUUGCGAUGAUGUGUCAUUUUAUUAACACAACUGUAAGAAUGAAAAAAUUAACAAAUUGAGCAUGAAACAAUAAAUGACUCCAAAGAACA